AUGUUGUUUCAAACUAAAUUUAAAAAAACUUGUAUUUUUUAUUUGACAGUUUUAAUUAAUAAUUUAUUUUUCUAUUUCUCAGUCAUGGCUUCUCUUUUGUCGUCGGUAACAACUUCCGAAGUUGUAUUAACUGAAGUUUCUACGGAUCUCGAUCAGUCUUUGGCUUUAACGUUCAACCAGUCCUAUCAGAUUUUACCUCUGCAAUAUCAAGAUUUAGAAUCAUUUUUGUUAAAUUGUCGCCCCGAUGGUCCAGUGAUUUUAUUUCAUUAUGAGCAUCAUAAAUCUCUAUCUGACAUAAUGUUAAAUCAUUUGGCACGACUAGUUGUAGGUCGGGAAAUAGAUAUGAUAUUUCAAGCGGAAAAUGUUUCCUUAAGUAACCCGCUAAAAAAGCUCGAAAUUCCUUCAAAAAAUUUAAAGCAGCUGGCGGGUGAGAUCAGUGUACUUUUCAAGGAGAGAAGUGAUACUUUUUAUACUCCAGGACAUAGUGACAAGGACCACAGAGUUGGACCAUCGGGAAAACUUAUUGCGCGUGUAAAUUAUAUGCGCAAAAUUUUAGUAGAUUGUGGAGUUUUAAAAUUAGAACGACGAAGCUCAUUAGAUUCUCAGAUUCCUUUAGAUUCCGAGGAUAAGUUAACUAUCUUGAAAGAAAAUACUGCAGAGUGGACGAUCAUAGAACAAACAUGGAGAGAUACGUUUUUGUUGCGACAGCAAUUAAUUAAACAAAAAGCUGAGAAGGGACUUUGGGAAUUUUCCGAAUUUCUUUGUCUUGCUGCUAGUGACGGAGCAUCUUUAUUGAUUCAAGAUUUUAAUACAAAAUAUCCAGACAACAAUAUUAAGAUUAAAGAAAUUUGGAAGACUCUACAAAAUGCCUUGGAUAGUUUUAUUUAUUCGAAAAAACUCUCUAAUGAAGUCCAAGAUAUAUUUGAAAUUUUUAAAUCUUCUAAAGAAAAUCAACAUGAUGCUAUUGUUUUAAUGCUUUUGCCAUUUGCUAUUAAAGCACCUGCACUGUCCACUAAAGGAAGCAGCAAACCACCUACUAAAAAACAAAAAGUAGAAGAACCUAAAUCAUCUAAAUCAACGAAAACCGAGCCUCAAAAAACGUUUAUUUUGCAUGUAAAUAUCGCAGCUGAUGUAGACAAGAAAAUUGAUGAAGAACGCGAGUCUUUACUCUUAAUUAAAGAACGCGUACAGCCAUUUAUGGUUUUCGUUGGACCUUUGACAUCAUUGGAAGCAUUUUACGUUGUAGUCGAUAAAGUUCGCUACAAAUCUGAAUCUGCGCUAGAAGCAUUGGAUUUGACGUUUAGAAUUUUUUUUGCGUGUAACUGCGAUUAUCCUAAAUUAACGCAGCAAACUUGGCUGUUUAUCCAAAAAUUGUUGUACCGUAUAAAUGUCCCCGGAGACAAAUGCUCAAUGUUAUUAAAUAAGGCAUUAACUUUUUUUGAAAAAGCGUUAAAUAUAAAAAUAGAUUAG